AUGAUUGUCUCGAGCAUCACAGCCAAUCUCUUCCUCGGCCUGGUUGUCUUAACGUCGGCGAUAUUGAUCGUGAUCAUGAUUUACCUGCUCAUUCGAUUCGUCAAUCGGGACAAGAGAAAAGUAAAUCCUCGACAAGACUUCGAGCCGGGGCUUCUCGACCCCGAAAGCGGUCGCGAGUCUCGUCUAUCACAUCGACUUUCCCGACAGCAAACACAGCAAGAGCAGCGAGAGGAUCUGUUGCAACACUACUCGUCAGUGUCACGGCCGCCAUCUAUCGAACUUCUUCCCGAGAUCAAGACUAGUUCUAGUGAUGACAGAGCAAGUGAGUGGUUGGAACAGGGUGUUACUGAUAAGGGGUUUGAUGUGGUUGAUGGGGACCUUGGAGAAAAGAAGCCCGAGAUGCGACAGGUUGAGGUCAUGAAACCAAAGAAACACCUGAGAUGGGAAUGUACAGACGAAAACAUGGAUGGCCGUGACAGAGUGCCCGGGGUAGCUGAAAAUACAAAAGGUGACGGGACAGCAUGUACAAAGUACCCGCCGGAGAAGGCACUCGAUGUGGCUGUUUGA